CACACACACAGAGAGAGAGAGAGAGAGAGAGAGAGCGAGAGCGCACACACAGAGAGAGAGAGAGCGCACACACACACACACAGAGAGAGAGAGAGAGAGAGAGAGGACACACACACACACACACACACACAGAGGUGCGGAUCAGUGCCGUGGAUCGCGCCUCUUCCAUCACGAGGAUGCUGGUGGGCAAUGCCCGUGGACAGGGAGGCCGAGAUUUGCCAGAAAGCGCUGGAGCUCCUCUCGGAUCUCUGCUCUAAAGGGGAGGUGCAGAACGAAAACUGCUUGGAUUUCAUUUACUAUUUCCGGGACCUGGCCAGACCGAGGUAUACCGAAUCAGAUGUCUCGGUGAGCCUGCUAUCAUUGGUGGUGACCGCCUGUGGACUGGCCUUGUUUGGCGUCUCACUCUUUGUCUCCUGGAAGCUAUGCUGGAUCCCAUGGCGCGAACGAGGACUCUCUCCUGGAACCAAAGAGGGCCAAACAGAGCACCCUCUUCCACCUCCUCCACCACUCCAACCACAGGCCAUUUACACAGAAGUGGAUGCCACUCUCGACCGCCGGAACCAACCACGAGGCUCCGUGGUUAAGGAGACGACUGUGCCUCCAACGCCGGUCUCGCCGCCGGCACCCGGCUCUCCUCCACCCGUCCCGGUGCCUGAAACAUCUCUGAAAAUUAGCCACACUUCACCAGAUAUCGCCAUGGAGGUAGAGUCUAAGGCUGGAGAGGACAGCAUCUACGGCAAUGGCCGUAUGCAGAGGCAGAUCACGGAUCCGUCCUCGACUUGUGUUCGGCAAAGCUCCAUAAGGCGCCACAUGAACCAGUCCAACCCUGACUUCAUGGUUGCACAGUUCCAGAGGCAAGACUCGCUGACGGGGAUGAGUCUCGGUCGACUCAAACCAGAGUUGUACAAGCAGCGCUCAUUAGACAGCGAGGAGAACCGCAGCAGUCGAGGGGGAACCUGCGGCCGCCUACAUUUCAUCCUGAAGUACGACUGCGAUCUGGAGCAGCUCAUAGUCAAGAUCCACCGUGCCCAAGAUCUUCCUGCCAAGGACUUUUCUGGGACCUCGGAUCCCUACGUUAAGAUCUACCUUCUUCCUGACCGCAAGACCAAGCACCAGACCAAGGUGCACCGAAAGACUCUGAACCCCGUUUUUGAUGAGGUUUUCCUCUUCCCCGUGGCGUAUGCUGAACUUCCAACACGAAAGCUCCACUUCACAGUUUACGAUUUUGAUCGUUUUUCACGGCAUGACAUCAUUGGACAGGUGGUAGUAGACAACUUCUUGGAUCUGGUGGACUUUCCACGUGAGACCAAGUUGUGCAGGGACAUUCACUAUGUCUCUUCGGACAACGUGGAUUUGGGUGAUCUGAUGUUCUCGCUCUGUUACUUGCCCACUGCUGGCCGACUGACCAUCACGGUGAUAAAAGCUCGCAACCUUAAAGCCAUGGACAUCACCGGAGCUUCAGACCCCUACGUGAAAGUCUCUCUGAUGUGCGAAGGCCGUAGAUUAAAGAAGAGGAAGACCUCCACUAAGCGGAACACCCUGAACCCUGUCUAUAACGAGGCUAUAGUAUUCGAUGUCCCACCAGAAAACAUCGAUCAGAUUAGCCUUUUGAUAGCUGUGAUGGAUUACGAUCGCGUAGGUCACAACGAGGUCAUCGGUGUGUGUCGGGUGGGUAACGACAGUGAGAGUCUGGGUAGGGACCACUGGAACGAGAUGCUGACGUACCCUCGUAAACCCAUCGCUCGCUGGCAUCCUCUCAUCGAGUACCAGGGCUCCGGCGGAGGAAGUCAAACAGGCUCGUGCAACUCUCUUAAGACUCCUCCGUCCCCGUAGAGUGAUCCCUGCUCCUGUCCUCUUCGAUCCCGAGCGGGCGUUCGGCUCCGCCCCGAGCCGCAGGAAGCUUCAGAGCGAUGGAGCUGCUAAAGCGCUAGCUAACAAACAUGUUUCUUCUAGGAAAGAGACUCUGGAACAGCGUCUGCCUCCGGAAGCCCUUCUUUGCAUGGGAACACUUGAUUGUUUCAGCUGCAUGUUGAGUGGUCACAUAAUGUUUGGUCGUUUUCUAUGAAAUAUGGUGAUAUGAAAAUAUACAAGGGGUAUUUUAAUGUGUAUUUUUUCUGAUGUUGUAGUAGCUCGAGCGUCAUAGUUCACCAAUCAGGGAGGACGAAAAGCACAUGUCUGACGUUGUGAAUUUUUAACCAGCAUCUAAAAGCAUGGUUGAUUUCACAUCAUUCUCUUUUCCAAGAGAUUUCUGUUCAUGGGCUCACUUUUGCACUUAGUGCAAAAUAGUGAUAAUAAUUAAAAAAAUAAAAGUCACCAGGUACAAAUUUAUGGAUGUCUGUAAACUUGAUAAAAUGUCUGUUUUUUUUUUUUUUUAAUUUCUUUUUUAAUAGUCCCAUUUUUAAUGGAUAUUGUAACUUCCGUUAUUGCAUCAUACAGUAGAUCCUAAGGUCAUGACAUUUAAUUUUUUUUAUUUUUUACUCAAAGUGCAUGAGUGUUUUCAGGAUAGAAUUCAGUCCAAUGUGUUUUCAUUAUAAAACAA